AUGUUCCACAACCUGCUCACCAUCCACAACGCAAUUUGCCGUUUCCACGACACCGACUCAAACUCGCUCACAAAAUUGAAACAGGUCAAUAACUAUUUCAACCAACUAUACGGUUACACUGGAUGUGAGGAUAUCGACUAUCAGAAUUUUAUAGAGUUCAUGCAAGAUACCAGCUAUGGAGACGCACAAGAGAUUCGUGCUUGGGUAUGGCAAACAUGCACAGAGUUUGGUUACUACCAAUCUACUGACUCCGACACUGCAGGACCGUUCUUUGGUGGAAAGCCAGCCCUGCCAGUUAAGUACUACAUUGACGAAUGCACUAACAUCUAUGGUACCCAGUACAAUUCAGCGUCAGUUGCUGAUGCUGUUGCUAAAGUGAAUGCAUACUAUGGAGGUCGCGACCACAUGCAGUCGUCCUACAUUGUGCUUCCCAAUGGAAACAUCGACCCGUGGCACGCACUUGGAAAAUUGAACAGCAACAUUUCAACGAUUAUUCCUGUGGUGAUCGAUGGUAAGUUAAAGCAUGGUGCAGGAACCGCUCAUUGUGCUGACAUGUAUGCAUCGUCGCUAAAUGACCCACCAGCGAUGACCUCUGCUCGACAGACAAUUGCCAGCCAAAUCAAGCAAUGGCUUCAGCAAAUCAAUUGA